CGAACAGGGCCGGAGUAUUAAAACGGUCUAAACCCCCCAAAAAAGCCAAAGGGCGUACUCUUUCCUUGCUCUUUCAUUCCCCAAAUUGAAGAAUUCAGAGGAAAGAUUGAGGCGGCAAAUUCAAACUUUUCUAAAAAAUCGAAUUCGGUCACUCUCCAGACAGAUCGAACAAUUGGGUGCCGCAAAUAGAAUAUAGCAACCUACCUCAACAGAGUCAACGCAAUGCCUAGGUAUUAUUGUGACUACUGCGACACUUAUUUGACACAUGAUUCUCCAUCUGUCAGGAAGCAACAUAAUGAAGGUUAUAAACAUAAGGCAAAUGUGCGGAUUUACUAUCAACAGUUUGAGGAACAACAGACACAAAGUUUGAUUGAUCAGAGAAUCAAGGAGCAUCUUAGUGGCCAAGGUGCAUUUCAAAUUGGUGCUGCCUAUGCAGCCUGGAGACCUGGUUUUAGGCCUCCUCUUCUUCCUGCACCUUUGCCGAUUCCGGGCUCCCUUCCUCCUCCUAAUGCUCAAAUGGCUCCAGGGAUCAGGCUACCUGUUUUUCCUAGACCUCCUGGACCUCCUGGUUUUCCAGUUUACGGCGCACCUCCAGGACAAAUUGCCGGACAACCAGGUGCUCCUGGACCUCCUGGUCCUCCUGGUGCACCAGUGCAAGCAAAUGGAUAGUUGGAUAAUGACCCUUUUUGGUGUGUUGAAACUGGAGAAUCUUAAGACAUGAGUUGUCCAAGUUUUUGUUUCUCAACUAAUUUGUUUUGAUCUGGUCAAGGGUAAAAUACUGUGUAUAAUAUUUUUAGUGCAAAAUUAUUAAUGGGUUUAUUAUUAAAGUUAGUUGACGGCGUCGAUCCAAGUCGUCCAACUUGGAGAACAAAUAAUAGAUUCUAUUAUUGGGUGUCAACUUCCCUAGCUGACUUGCGAGCCAUAAAAUUGAUGAGCAGAAAUUUGCACUGAGAAGAAAACUAAAAUGAGUUUCCAAGAUAAUGAAAAGAGUGGAAGAUCUCAUGGUGUUGUCACUGGUAUCUUCCAGAGCAAGACUGCUCUCUCCACUUUCCAACGCCUUGUCAAUGCCAUUGGCACUGCUAAAGAUACUCCUGAUCUUCGCCAAAAUAUGUUUGUUUCAUCUCUUUGUUUAACCUUUUGAUUGAUUGUUGUUACUGUUAUGAUCUUCAUCAGUUUUUCAAGUCUGGAUUUUAUGGUUAAAGUUCUAUUCUUUGUUUGAAA